AAAAUGAUCGAACAUUUUAAAUUAAAAACUAAAUUAAAAAAAAAAAAAUAAAAUCGUUCCCUCCUUCUCUUGAACAAGAAUGCAACGUUCAAAAACAGACCGAGUUUUGAGAGUGACCCCCAUCCUUCUCUCUCUCUCUCGAUCUCGAUCUCGACAUCCAAUCCCUUUUGUCGUCAUCCCCCUUUUCCUCUUCCUUCUCGAUGCUCCAAGCUCGUUAAUGGCUUCCUCCCUCGAAGAUCUCCUCGUCCAAGAAGGUUUCCACCGUCCCAAGCCUCGCAGGUCCAAGUCCAAGCUCUCUGAUGCCUCUCACCCUCCUCCCGCUCCGGCCACCAUUUGCAAUAAUCGAAGGAGCGUCGAACUUUACGAGAAGAAGGACUUGCCGAGCUUCUCCUCCAUGAACUCCGGCCACGACCGUGAACAGCCGCUCAUCGAUGAGGUUGCCGUCCGCGCUGUGGUCUCGAUCCUAUCCAGCUAUGCCGGAAGGUUCUCGAAAGAUGGAGAGUUCCGCGAGAGGGUGCGGGAACGGUGCAUGGUUUGCCUGGCGGUGAGCAAGGGCGCCGCGCACGCCGUGCUCACCAACCUUGAGCUUGGUAUGGACAACAUCGAGCGGCUGGCUGGGGACCCUCCCGGCUCCAAGGAAUCCAAGAUCAGAUCCUUGCGCAACUCGAUCCGGCUUCUGAGCAUUGUGGCGUCUCUGAACUCUCCUAGGUCGAAGAGAAAUGGGUUCACUUGCGGUGUUCCCAAUUCCCACCUCUCGGCCAUCGCGCAGCUCUACCUCGCGUUUGUCUACCGGAUUGAGAGGAAUGACCGGCUCUCUUCAAGGCAUCUCCUCCAGAUGUUCUGCGACGCACCCUUCUUAGCUAGAAGGAAUCUAUUGCCAAACCUUUGGGAGCACUUCUUUCUUCCCCAUUUAUUGCAUCUUAAGGUAUGGUAUGCAAAGGAAGAGGACGUUGUCUCUGGGUGGGAUGCAGAGGAGAAGGAUCAUCGAUUGAAGAUGCUGAGCAGGGUGUACAAUGAUUCCUUGGAUGCUGGCACUGUGAAGUUCGCAUUGUAUUACAAGGAAUGGCUCAAUGUUGGUGGUGAAGCUCCUCCACUUCCAUCUGUGCCUUUGCCUUCAAGACCUGAGAGUAUAGAGCCGGUGGUGAUGACUUCCAUAGUGGCAAUCUCCAGCUCUAAAAAUGCAGGCUUGUAUCAAGCUGUGUUUGGCUCUUCAUUGGAAAGAGAUGGUGUUGGUGAUCAAAUUACGAUCAAAUUACACAAAGAGAAAGAAGAGGUCUUGAAUGAAAAAAAUAGUGAGCCUGAAGAUAGUGUUCACAUUGACAAAGAGCUUCCUCAGAGGCCUUCUAAUAAUACUGUAGAACAACAGCCACCUGUUGAAGUAAAGCCAGAACCUCGCAGAUCGCAUUCAUUCCAGUUAUAUUCAUGUAUGAAUCAUUCUAACAAAUUCUUGGUCCAUGAAACUGAAAUUGCCAAGAAUAAACCUGCCAGAUCAAAGAGAACCACUCCUCCCAAGUCAAAGCAAACCGCUCCUCUGCCUGACCUUGAUCAAGCCAUUGCCUUGCUUUCCAACUCCAAUAGCCUAAGCUACUGUAAAGUUGCAAUCCGUUGUGUUGCCAAAGCCUGGUUAGACUCGCAUGGCGACUCUCAUGUGAAGAAAGCACUCUCAACUUCCUCAGUAAUCCAGGGAAUAUUAGAUUUACUGUUUACCUGUAAAGACAAUGAGGUAUUAGAGUUAGCAAUGUCCAUUUUAGCAGAAUUGGUUGUGAUGAAUGAAGUGAACAGACAGGUGGUGCUCAAUGCAGAUCCACAGCUUGAGAUUUUCUUGAGACUCUUGAGAAGUGACACACUAUGUUUGAAAGGAGCAGUACUGCUAUAUAUGCUGAAACCGAAGGCAAAGCAGAUGCUAUCUCCAGGUUGGAUGCCUACUGUAUUGCGUGUUCUAGAAUGCGGUGAUCAGCCACAGACCUUGUUUAGUGUGCAAUCCACUCCGAAACUAGCUGCAUUUUACUUCCUGGACCAGCUUCUUAUGGGGUUUGAUGUGGAUCGAAAUGUAGAGAAUGGGAAGCAAUUGGUUGCACUUGGUGGUCUGGACAUGUUGAUCAGAAGUCUUGAGAUUGGUGAGGACCAUGAGAGAAGGAUUUCUGCUUCACUUCUGGCUAAAUGUGUCCAAGCAGAAGGGAGCUGUAGGGACUACUUGGCUGCUAACAUAAAAAAAGCUUCAAUUAUUGAGCUCCUACAAGGGAAUCAAUUGAAAUCUGACGGCGUUGCCCUUUCUUUGUUGGCAGAAUUAAUCUGUCUCAGCAGAAGAACACAGAUCACUAAAUUUCUGGAUGAACUAAAGAAGGAGGGGUUUUUGAAUACAAUGCACAUUCUUCUGGUAUACCUACAACAAGCUCCAACAGAACAACGGCCUCUAGCUGCAGCCAUUCUAUUACAGCUUGAUCUUCUGGGGGAUCCUUUGCAGUACAGUGUGUAUAGAGAAGAAGCAAUAGAUGCAAUUGUAGCAGUGAUGGAACGCAAUUCGCAUAACAAGAAAGUUCAGGAGCAGUGUAGCAGAGCUCUGCUGCUCCUGGCAGGUCGUUUUUCUAGCACUGGAAUGGUCACAGCUGAGGCAUGGUUGUUGAAGAAAGCAGGGUUGGAUGACGGACCUCAAGAUUCAUUCACAAGUAGAGAGUUGCUUGUGACUGAUUUUCAAAGGAUGGAGGAAGAGGCAAGGACAAAUGAAACCUGGCUUAGAAAUCUGGCAAUUGUCUUGUUGACGAGUGGCCAUAAGAGGCUGCUAAUUGCUUUAUCCAAUUGCAUUGGUGACUGGAUUCCAAACUUAGCUCGAUCAUGCCUUGUUACAAUUGCAUGGAUAAGCUGCUCAAUCUCCUCAUCCAAAGGUGCUCACAGGCUGAUGUCUUUUGCCUGCUCAAUUCUUGCACCUCGAUUGCUGGAGAGCCUAAACUAUGAUCGUGCACUCGAAGAAAGGGUUCUUGCGUCAUUAUCACUUCUUCAUUUUGCCAAACAAACAGAUUGCCUUCUUAAGUUUACCCCAUUUGGUAAAGAAACUACUGACUUGCUAAAAGACCUCUCCAGAGUAACAUGGACUGCACAAGAGCUGCUUUUUGCCUGCUGCUGAUCAUCUGGGUAACUUCUAAUCAUCCACUUUGCAGUUAAAUUCACUUGAUAAGCAGAAAAGCUUUGAGCUGAGAGGACUUCAUAAUUCUUUGAACAAACAAAAGAGGAUGGAGAACUGCAAAUGAAAUCAGAUGUUCAAAGAUGCUCUGUUCUUUUUGUUUAAAUUUGUACAAAACAGUGGAACGGUUAUUCAGUUAUAAAUGAUUGAGGAUUAUGCUGAA